GUUAGAAAUGGCGGUUGGGGCGGAGGAGGGGGCUGGGGCGGGAAGCGGAGCUGUCUGGCUCGGUUCCGCCCCCGCCCCGCCAGGAAUCCGGGAGCCGGUUUGUUUCCCGAGCCCUUCUCCUUCCGUGCUCCCGACCCUGCAGGCUGUGUGCCGGGCUGGGAAGAAAGUGUGACCCGUUCGAUGGAACAAAGGACAUGACAGCCCAGGCACCAGCCCGUCCCGGUGCGGCCACUGCGGAGUAUUAGGAACGUUCCCUAAAAUGGCGGCCGGCGCGUGGGGACGGGGCGGGAGGCGGCGGCGCAAGGGGGCGGGGCGGGGAGGGGCGCGGCUGGCCAGGCUUCUGCUCCGGCGACCCCGGCGGUGAGGGCGGGUGGAGCCGCGGAGUCGUCCUCAUGGCUGCCGCGCCUGAGCCCAGUGAGCCCAAGGAGAGGAAGGCCUUUAAGCUCCUAGGAUUUUUAGAUGUUGAAAAUACUCCUUGCGCCCGGGAUUCAAUAUUGUAUGGUUCAUUAGGAUCUGUUGUGGCUGGCUUUGGACAUUUUUUGUUCACUAGCAGAAUUAAAAGAUCAUGUGAUGUUGGAGUAGGAGGGUUUAUCUUGGUGACUUUGGGAUGCUGGUUUCAUUGUAGGUAUAAUUAUGCAAAGCAAAGAAUCCGGGAAAGAAUUGCCAGAGAAGAAAUUAAAAAGAAGAUAUUAUAUGAAGGUACCCACCUGGAUCCUGAAAGAAAACACAACGGCAACAGCAGCAAUUGAACAAUCUUGAGCAUAAAAAAGUCAAUGUGAAUAAAGUUAAUUAAGAUCAACCACACAAAAGAUUUCAUGUGCAAUAAGCUCUCAAUCAAGUAAAUAAAGUUUUAAGUUGUAGUCAUUUUUUUCCC